UUUGGCUUUUUAACAUCAAUAGCUAUAUACAGCUUAAUUUUAUUUAUCAUUUAUUAGUGAAAAAUCAACAUCCCACUUAAGGAGGAGGGUUUUGAGGACAUAACAUCUUAGGGAUAAGAGAGCGAGUGAGUGGUAAGGGAAGCACUUUGGGGUUCCCAAGUAGUACACGAAAAGAAUUAUAGUUUAAUACUAAAUAGAUUAGAGGGUUGUCUGCUCCUGAAAGGCACCUAAAAUUAGAGUCUCGAGGAUUUUGCUUCCUACACCCCUAUCAUCCCCACCAAUGCCCUUACGGCACGUGUCACAAACACCGACACCUUGUAUCAGCCGCCGGGGCAGAGACUCAUCACCCCACCUUCGUCCUUAACGGCACCUGAACCCAAGAACUCCCACCCCCCCCACAACUUGUUGCCCAAUGCACUCAUCUCAUGUGCGCGGCUGCAUACAACAUUUCCAAGACCUCCCCACUAUUAGACCCUGUCAUCAUGUGCACAGGAGAGAAGACUCGACCCACUACACGUGCAUGGGGAGAACGCAAUUCUGGUACCCCAUAUAACCCUUUUGAGGUCAUUUCAUGGUUGCCCAACUGCCUCAUUUUCUCUCUAAACGUCUCCAGAGAGAGAGAGGGAGUUUGAUCCGUAAGCGUUCGAUAAAAGGUCUGAAUGAAGAAGACUCACAUUAAUGGUACUGAUGGAGAGAGGAAUAUGGAAGCCUAACGCUGAGAUAUCUCCCAAUUGUCCCAGGUGUGGCUGUUCCAACACCAAGUUUUGUUACUACAACAAUUACAGCUUAACUCAACCUCGAUACUUUUGCAAGGGCUGCAGAAGAUACUGGACCAAAGGAGGGUCCCUCAGGAACGUGCCUGUUGGAGGUGGCUGCCGGAAGAACCGAAGAGGAAAGUCUCUGAGGCUUUCGACGGCCACAGACGGAGCCAUUCUGGCGAAGAAUUUGAAUUAUGGAACUACUACUGUCUCCAGUGGUCUGGUUGGACAUUCAUAUGGUGCCAAUAAUAAUGGAAGUUUCUUAGAUGAAUAUUCCAAUAGGUCAUCAAUGUUGCCUGAUGGGUCCCAUAUUGAUCUUGCGCUUGUUUAUGCCAACUUCUUGAAUCAAAAGCCAGAUAUUUCCAAGAGUACUACUAUGAAUAAUAGUAAUAAUAAUGGACUAGAAAUCCUGGAAUUGGGUUGCGAUCAUUUAAUUGAUCCAUCUUUGGAGUUUAUUUCAAGCACUCCUAUGAGUAAUGUUAACAUUCAAAUGGCACAAGAAAACGGUCUAGUUGGAUGCCAUGCCAGUAAUGCCAAUCUUUCUGAAUUGACCGCUGAAAAUUGUUGCAGCACUGGAAAUGAGCAGAUUUACAAUUUCUGUGGUUUGGACUCGUUUCACAAGCAAUAUCGUGAUCGAACAGAGCAUUGUGUAAGUGAUCAUUUUGGGCUGCCGCCAUUGCCAGGACAGGAGGUGUUAUGGUCAAGCAGUUCUCAUCAUCAGAUGAUGGUUAGCCAAGCCAUUCAAGUAACACAGCUACCAGUUCUCGGACCAGAAGCUCAUCAAGAUGAAAACCUGUCAACUGUUAAUUGGAGUACAUUUGAUUUGCCAAGUGAAGAUACUUUCUCAGCUCCAGAGAAAAUUUGAUGUUUUUAUAUUAUUUUUCUUGUUUGUUUUAUAUAGUAUAUAUAUAUAUAUAAAUAUAUAUUUGAUGAGUUCAUGUAUAGAAUAGAAUUUGAAUGAUAUACCACCUGAAAUAAUUAAUGAGUAUCAUUCUUAUAAACUCAGUUUUCCCAAGUAAAUAAACAAAAAAGAUGUAUUUUUUGUUUCUUCAAUUGACAAAGUGAAUUCUA